GACGGUAGGGCGGGCCGGCGGGGCGGGGCCCCUGUAAAGCACGAGCCUUGUUAGCAAAAUUAUAUAUAAAUAAACCCCACUCCAUCGAUUCCUCUGCCGUUUUUAGCACCGAAUCAUCGCAGACGCACGCCACGCCGCAGCACUCAGCACUCCGGUUCGGGCGUUCGGGCAGGCGAAUUAGGGAUACGUUGGAGGAGCAAUGGCGGGAAGGCGAGAGGAGUGGGGUGGAGAGGUACUGCAGCGGCAACGGGAGGAGGAGGAGGAGGAGGAUGAGGAAGAGCAAGAGGAUGAGGAUUUCAUCGACAUGGACCUGAGCUCUGCCGCGGCCAGGACGCCCGUGGCGCAUGAGUUCGAGUUCAUGUCGGCGCCGCUGGACCGGUGGGGCGAGACCCUGGCUGCGUCGCCGGCAGACGAGCUCUUCUACAAGGGGAAGCUGCUGCCGCUGCACCUGCCGCCGCGCAUCCAGAUGGUGGAGGAGCUCCUGGACGGCCGGGGCCGGGGCCGCGGCAGGGACAGGGACAGGGACAGGGAGCUCCUGUUCCGCGGCGUCAGCAGCACGGCCCCGGCGACGCCGUACGAGUCGUGCAACGCGUCGCCGGCCAACUCGUCGUGCUACGGCUACGGCUACGCCAGCGGGGAGCUCAACGUCGAGGAGUACUUCCAGGAGUACGCGGCCGGCCUGGCGCUGGCGGAGGACGCCGCCGCGGCGCCGAGGAAGCCGUGGUCCAGGAGGCUACGGUUCAUGAGGCAGCUCAACCUGGGCCUCCGGCUCAGGGCGUCCAAGGCGUACCUCAAGACCAUCUUGUUCGCGGCCAGGCCGGGGAGCCCGGCCGACGAGAAGAGCGGUCUUGGCGCCGUCGCCGCGAGGGGCGCGCGGGAGGAGAUCGCCGCCCAUGGCCACGGCCACCUCAGGGCGUGGACAAAGAACCCGUUCGCCCAGACCAGAAUGAACACCAGGUGCGUCGCCUCUCACGGUGGCACCAGCCGCGCCGCUGCCGCUGCCGCUGGAGGGCGGUGCAAGGAACGCGAGCACGGGGCGCACAGGCGCUCCUUCUCCAGCGUCAUCGUCCGCUACUCUCCGUCGAACAAGACGUCCCCCGUCCCCGCGCUGCCGCCGUCCUCGUGCUCCUCCUCAUCGGCCUCCUCGUCGGUCCGGACCUCGAGCGGGUCGUCCGACGGCGGCGUGGGGCCGACGCUGAGGAGGAGCAGCAGCGCGAGCUCGGAGGUGGAGAACCCCGUCCAGGGGCUCAUCGCCUACUGCAAGAGGUCCCAGCAGCUGGCCUCCGUCCGGAAGAGCGCCAGCGACGCCGGCUUCCGCUUCCUGUCGUCGUCCGCGUCCAGGAUCGCCGCCGAGUCCGAGUCCGAGUCCGACGGCCUCGACGAGCUCACCGAGAUCUGCAGAGGAUGACGAUACGAUAGUGCUCCAUGAACGAUGAAUCCCGAUCAUUGUACAAUGAUGCAAAUGCGUUCUGGAGAUUUUGUGAAGGAAAAAAAAACUGAAAUUUGUGGCGUUGACCGCGCGCCCUUUGUCAAGUGUCAUGAUGAUAUCGUUCAAAUGAAUGGCAUCUGAACUUUGAGCCUUGACU